AUGUGUCUCAUUUCGGGGCCUCAAAACAUUUCUUGCUACUGUCGCAAAGGCCCCGCGACCGCCGCCGCCGCUACCGCCACCCUCCCCCCGCGUACUGAAACAUACGCGAGAGGAAACCGGGUGGUUCAUCUGACGAUGGUUAACAUCGUAGCGGCCCCCGCGACUCCCGGCCCCCUGCUCCCUGGACCUCCCCCGCCUCCCGCGGGCACACCCAGGGCUCAAUGGGAUCAGCCGGCGCCCCGCGAGCGGGCUACCGACGAAAAACUUUAUGAGUUCGCGAAUCCGCCUCCUGAUGCUUGGUUCGCCCAGUUAAUGGGGAACGCACCUGCCAUUCUCUCGGACAUUCCAUCCUGGACAGGCUUGCAGCCUCUGUCAGGUCGUGAGAGGCGCUGGAUAGCGCAGCCGGUCCUGCGGUCCAUCGCCCUUGUGGUGAGAGGCUUCCUGCAGAUCGCCUGCGUGGAUAUGCCUUCACGUUCGCGCCAACGGCCAAGACGGCGACAGUGA